ACCGGAGAAUAUCAAUCAUAUUAUUCCUCUUGUAAGCCGCCGCUAGGCGUUGUACACAAACACCCGAUAUAGUGAAGUUCUUGCUGGCUGGCGCCCGUGAUUUUUACCCUUCGCAUUGGAGAGGUUUUCCACAUUAAAUCCUCGUGUUUUUCUACAGUUUGAUCUUUCUAUUUUUCAUCGUUUUGUUCGCCGUCGCUUCUAACAGCAAGAACAUAUAGCUAGCAAAGAGAGCGGCUGAGGUCGUCCUCGUCGUCCGAAAAGCCAACGUUGGCCUUUGGCCAUGGCCGGAGAAGGAACGGGAACCGGCGGCGAGCCGGAGAUCACGCUGGAGCACACGCCCACAUGGAUCGUGGCCGCCGUUUGCUCCGUCAUCGUUGUCAUCUCCCUAGUCUUCGAGCGGCUGCUCCACGGCCUUGGCAAGAGGCUGAAGAAAGGCAGCAAGAAGCCGCUGUACGAUGCCCUCCUCAAGAUCAAAGAAGAGCUGAUGCUGCUAGGGUUCAUCUCGCUCCUGCUCAGCGUGUUCCAGGGCGCCAUGCAGAAGAUAUGCGUCCGGGAGAGCAUCAUGCACCACAUGCUUCCCUGCCCGCUGCCGCCGCGUGCCGGUGUCAAGUACGGCGCCGCAGCGUUCACCGGCGUGCUGGGUGGCGCGAGGAGGCUCCUGGCUGGAGGAGGUGCCGCCAGUGACUACUGCCAGAGAAAGGGCAAAGUUCCAAUUCUCUCGGUUGAAGCUACGCAUCAGUUACACAUAUUCAUCUUUGUCUUAGCAGUCACACAUGUGGUUCUCAGUGCUAUUACAGCUAUUCUUGGAAUCGCACAGACCAGAAACUGGAGACGGUGGGAAGAACAGAUCCAACUCAAUAAUGACAGUGAUCCACAGAUGAUCAAACACGUGCAAGAAUUCAAAUUUAUUCGAGAUCACGUUAAAGGGCAUGGUAAACGUUGGAAAAUACAUGGCUGGCUGAGGUCGUUCUUCAAACAACUAUACUGGUCAGUCACUGAGGAGGACUAUACAGCCAUGCGGCUUGGCUUCAUAACGAAACAUUGCAAGGGGCACCCGAAAUUCAAUUUUUACAAGUAUAUGAUUAGAGCAUUUGAGGCUGAUUUCAAAAAAGUUGUUGGUAUAAGUUGGUACCUUUGGGCUUUGCUAGUGGCAUUGUUACUAUUGAACGUCCAUGGAUGGAACGUCUACGUAUGGUUGUCGUUAGCCCCUCUCAUUUUGCUACUUGUGGUUGGAAGUAAGAUGGAACAUAUCAUUACUGAGUUGGCUGUCGAAGUUGUCCAGAAACAUACAGCAAUAGAAGGGGACGUGGUUGUCGCUCCUUCAGAUGAUUUCUUUUGGUUCCACCGGCCUAAAUUAGUCCUCCUCUUGAUACACAUUGUUCUGUUCCAAAAUGCAUUUGAGAUUGCAUUCUUCUUUUGGCUGUGGGUAUCAUUUGGAUUCAAAUCAUGCAUUAUGGGAAAAUCAGGAUAUUCUCUUGCUCGACUUAUAAUAAGUGUCAUCAGCCAACUACUUUGUGGUUAUAGCACACUGCCUCUCUACGCUAUCGUCUCUCAUAUGGGAAAUUCGUUCAAGAAAGCCAUAUUUGACAAUAACGUAUCUGAAGGACUUGUCAACUGGGCUAAAAAAUGUAACUAGUUUACUUUAACUAAAAUACCCUGCGGACUGUCCGCGCCCAAGUGGCGGACUGUCCGCCGUACUAUCCUACCAACCCGACAGAGGCAACAACUUCUCUGGAACUCUUUCCCAAUCUACCUGCGGACUGUCCGGCCACCCCUGGCGGACCGUCCGCAGUUCAAGUACUCAACCCACCAGAGGCGAAAACGUCUCUGGACAAUUUCCUAGACUCUACUGCGGACUGUCCGCGCCCAAGCGGCGGACCGUCCGCAGUUCACCCCUGCGAACCUCCAGAGACGACAUCGUCUCUGGAACAAAUUCAAGCCUCAACGGCGGACCGUCCGCUCCCCUAUAGCAGACUGUCCGCAGUAAAUCCUGCAAAAACAACCAGAGGCAACAUCGUCUCUGGACAAAAACUAACCUGACCGGCGGACCGUCCGCGCCUCCCAGGCAGACCGGCCGCGACACCUAAUUUCUAACCCUCGCCCCAGGCGGCAGCAAGGGCGGCGACGACGGCGGCGGCCGUACUCCUGCUCCGGCGACACGCCAUGGAAGGGGAAAAAGGCUGUGAAGCAUAAGAAACUCACCACGAAUCCAUUCUCGCGGUCGGUUCGAGUGGAGGGCGACCGGAGAGGCGGAUCGGCGGUGGAACUGAGCUUCAACACCUCCAAUGGCGUCCGGCGGUGGUGGGAAGGAUUCCGGCCGUGAGGAGCCGGUCUGGAGGUUUGGGAAAGUGGAGGAGGGGCUAGGGAAGGUACUCACGCAAGGAAUCGAGUUAGGAUGGCCGGAAGGGGGAGAUCGAGGGGAGGGGGGCGACGUCGAGGCGAGCGGUCUAGCUUUGCUCCGUUCUGGACGAAAUGAGAAGGAAGAGAGAACUGACCAGCGGGUCCCACAUCUGUCCAGAUAAAUAUCUGGCGAUGCCUCGCGGACUGUCCGCGAGUCAGGUGUUACAAUCAGGACUUCAAAACAAAUUCCAUGAAUGUGGCCCUCAAAUUAAACAGGUGAAGCAUAGAUUUGAAUGUUAAUAGCAUGAGAGGUAUCAAAAACGAAAUCAGAAAUUCUCAAAGAUGAGGGCAAAAAAUGUCUUGGCAUACUGCGGUUAAGCAAUCUCUAUAAUGUCUCUAUAUUGGGGGCUCUCAAAUCAAAUGUGUGAGGGGGAAUCAAACUAGUAUGCUUCGCAUGCGCAUGGUCAUGCAAUGUCUCCACUAUACUUCCCGCUCCUCAUUGGUGCCAUCCUAAUUCCUAACACCAACGCACAUCGAACUCAAAAUGUGAGACGUGAAAAAAAUCCGGGCGUUCUCAUGGCACGAAGCGCUGUUACGGAAACAGACGGGUCCAAUUUCCCCUAACCCCCUAAUAAUAAGUGCAGAAUUUUAUUGGAUUAAGGCAGCUGAGUGUCAAGCUGUACACAAAUCCGUUGUAGUCUAGCUGGUUAGGAUACUCGGCUCUCACCCGAGAGACCCGGGUUCGAGUCCCGGCAACGGAAUUUUUUGGUUUAUGUGCCUGUGCAACAUAAAAGCCCACAGCGCAAAUUUUUGUCUAUAUUAUAUUUCUGUCAAUUCUCCAAAUAAUGUGUGUAAUAAUUUCACCUCACUACGGUACAAAACACUGUAAUCAUACUGUCCGUGUGUAUGUGUAAUCAUACAAACCUUUGUUUUGGAUGAUGAUAAUCUGAUAAAAAGAGCAUUCUAAAUUUCUAAUGACCAGAUUAUUCAGAGCACCUCUGCUUCUACUUGCAAGGCCCGGUGUUUCGAUAGUCACCUCAAACAGUCUGGUGGGCAGUAGUUUCCUCCUAUCCUGUCCUCCAAAAAGCACAAACUAACUCGAUGUCCUAUUGGACUCCACUUUUUUUAAAAAUUUAGUCCCUGGACACGAUAGACGAGGUCCCACAGAUUGUUCUCCUGUCUUCCCUCUUGAGGUGUUCCACCAGCCCCGAUGUA